GUGAGAAAAAAAAAUCAGAGCUCUCGACGAAAGGCGAUUUCUCUCCAUCUUCGAUUUCUCUCCAUCGUCGAUCUUCAAAGAUAAAUAAGCUAAUUCUGUGGUAGAUUUAAGAAUAGGCCAACGAACAUGGGACAAGACUAUAGCUACACUCAGCCUUCAUCAGAGGAGUUCGACAUCAACUCUUUACUUGAAGCAGAAGCUGCUCUCUACGGGGAUGAAGCUCAUAGUAGCUACAAAAUUGCAGAGGCGGAUCAGUACCCACCAGAACCUGAGGCUGAUGAAGGAAUCCCGAGGACAUGCUAUUGCGGUAGUGUGCUUGUUGUUGAAACCUCAUACACUCGUAAAGAUCCAGGAAGGAGGUACUUCUCCUGCAACAACGUUGACGAUGGAGAAUCCCACAUCUGGAAAUGGUGGGAUGUGGCGAUUCAAGAAGAGCUUCGUGAAACGCAGACACAACUUAGGAUGGUCAAGGAUCAAUUCUUUGAGAGUGACCAGAAGGUGGCUAAGCUUGAGAAGAUCGUGGGUGUGUUAACUAAGAAGAAAUCAGUUGUUAACUAUGGUUUGGCAAAGGGAGUUAGUCUACUGGUGUUGGUAAUACUGGUCAUCGUUAUGGGCUGGAAGAGCUUCGGAGGAUUUAAACAUCAGUGUCAGAACUCGAGAUGGGGUUGGCAGGUAACUUGUUUCACGCUUACUUACUAGUUUCAGUAAUAAAAAAAAACUUAUCUCUUCAUGCUUUAAUUGUUUUUAAUGCUAGAUUUGACAGAAUCGUACUUGUUAGGUUUAAGUGUAGCUAGUGUAGAACUUAUUAGUAUGAUUAGAGUGGUGGUAAAUGCUUGUUUGCUUUCUAUCUGCCUAACAACUCCGAAACUAAAUGCGAACUUACUUUCUAUCGGUUACUUAAGGGUUUGGGUUGCUAAUAGAGUAACAGAAACCUAUAAUCUAAACAUGAAUACCACAACUGGCUUUGUUAAUCUAAUGUAUAGUCAAUCUUCAGUUGAUCUUGAGUCACCCGAACCAGCUUGGUUCGGGUCCCAAGGUCCUGAUGAGUUUAUUUUCCACCCUGGUGUCGAGUCUUCUUUCCAACCUGGUGUCCAGUCUGCUGUCCAGCCUACUGUCGAGUCUGCUAACAAAGAGAGGAGGAAAUGGUCUCCCAAUGAGGAUAAAAUCCUCAUUGGUGCUUGGCUUAAUACCAGCAAAGACCCCGUUGUCAGCUGUGACCAGAAAGCUGAACGUUUUUGAAAGAGAAUUGUUGACUACUACAACGCAAACCCUCAACUGGUUGGGACAGUACCUAGAGAGCUUGGUCCAGCGAAGCAGCGGUGGGAUAGGAUUAACGAGCAGGUCUGUAAGUUCGUUGGAUGCUAUGAGGCGGCGUUGAGGGGGCAGAGAAGUGGUCAGAAUGAAGACGAUGUGAUGAAAGCUGCCCUCGACUCAUUCUUCAACAUUUAUGAGCACAAGUUCAGCCUCGAACAUGCGUGGAGGGAGCUGAGGCAUGACCAGAAAUGGUGCACCACCUAUAUGGUUAAAGAUGGUGGGAAGGAGAAGCGCAAACAAGUGGUGGAGAUUAAUAAUUAGUGUUUCUUGAUUUCUUUAUAUUUAUCAUUGUAUCUUUUUUUGUAUCAUGCAAUUAAUAAAAUUUCAAUUUCAAUUUAUAAAAAAAAUACUAUAAUAUUCUUAAGGAUUAAUUUUGUGAGAUGUUUUUGUGGAAAAUUGUUUCUUAUAUUUCAGGACGAACCGGGGCAAUGUCUUUUUUCUCAUUUGACUACUGUUUUUUGGCUGAGGUCACUGCUUCAAAUCUAAAUGAAUACAAACUUGUGAGUCAAUUUAGUUAGUAAAAUAAAUGGUUUAAUCUAUUAUGUGUUUUUACGUUAUUUGUUUGCAGCAUCUUCCUGUGGGAGCUACGAGUUCUACUCCUUUGCACAAACAAUGCCAAGAGACGAUACUGGUGAACAAAGAAGGAAAUUCAUGGAAUGUGAGUUUGCGAUUUAGCGAAUCUGGCGGCAAGUAUUACAUCACAAGAGGCUGGAGAAAGUUCUGUCUCGAUAACAGAUGUGAGAUAGGAGACUUAUUUGUGUUCAAUGUGGUUGGAGAUGGGAAAACUACUCCAUUGAUGUGUGUAUGUCCGGAAAGAAAAGAGUGCUCUGAAAUACUGAGCAAAUACUUGAGCAGAAAGAGUAGUGAGUCUUCGUUAGGUGGUGAUUCAUAAUCAUGUUGUAUUUUAAUAUUUAAUCAUCUUAUAAACUCUUAUGUGUAAUCUUCAUAUUUAAUCAUGUUUUUAUUUAGGAAUUUUUCUAUCUUUAUGUAAAAUUAUGGUUUUUAUCUUUAAUUGUUGUAUUUUUAUGUUUAAUUAUUGUUUUUUAUGUUUAUUUAUUGUAUUUUAUGUUAAGUUAUUCUAUUUAAUCAUCCAAUAUAUAAAAAUUAUAUUUCACUAAACAAAAAAAAAAUACAUUUUUUAUUUCUAAGGAUUCUAAUUUUGGGAUCACCAUUGUAUACACAUUUUUCACAAGAGUCCUUAACUAUUCAAAAAAAAUAAAAUAAUAAUAA